UUCUUUCUCUGACCGUCGAGCAGCGCGGAGUGCGGUAAAACGAAACGGCGCUCGAGAGUGAACGUACACGGCACGUAACCGCAAAGUAUAGAGGACGCGAGCGCAACGGACUUCGCGUUCGCGCGAGUCGCAAGUCGAUCGUCGAGGGAAGAAAAGAAAAAAAAAAAAGAGAAAAAAACGAGAAAAAAAGCAUCGUUACGAGGAGGUGUUUGUUCGCCGAAUUUUGCCAGUUUGUGCGCGUUGGUCGGGCCCUCCCCACGCUCGACUUCCUCGGGACAAAGAGAGAGGAGACGCCACGCAUCGUGCUACACGCCCGCUACCGUCACUGCCGCUGCCGCCGCCACCGCGCCACCUUCUUUCGGAAUAAUAUAUCCAGUGUGUAUUUUGUGUGGAGCAGCGACGAGAGACACUCCUCUACAGGAAAAUUUUAACUUCGUCGUGCCAUUUACGACGCCCUCAACUGUCGAGGUCAGUUUUAUUGGACGCACGACACCUGAUUACAGCAUCCGGAGAGCGCGAGCAAGAGGGACAGGCGAGCAGAAGGGGCUAGAGAGGCAAAAAGAGGAAAGAUGGGAGCGAGACAGAGCAGAAGGUCCGUGGAUAUAACAACGACUCCGAAGAAGGAGGGGUUGCCCGCCGACGGCGGUGUCGGGGAUGCUGCCGCACCUGGCGAUGGCAAGCUGGAAAGGAUCGAGGAGACCGACACCAAGCCUACCACCAAUGGUAUAGCGCCGCACACGGACGUUCCCGAGGAUAAGGACAAAGAUAAAGACGACGCCACGGAAAAAGAGAAAGACAAAGAGCAGCAAGAAGAGGUAAAGGAAACGAAGCAAGAGUCGGGCGGAGAAUCUCCCGCGGAAACGGCAGAGGUCACAACGCCGACGGAAGCGUCCACUCCAAACACUGCCACUUCUCCAGACAAUAAGGAAACGAAGAAGAAGGAAAAGAUGAAGAAAAAGUGGUCCUUCAGGUCGAUCAGCUUCAGCAAGAAGGAUAAGAACAAGCCUGCCCGCGAAGAAGCGCCCAAGAAUGGAGACGUCACCAAGGAGGAACCUCUCGCGGAGGGCGGCGAGGAGCAGGAGAACGGAUCGGGCACGGCGGGUAGCCCCGUGGAGGAGAAAUCAGCGGUGAGCAGUCCGACGACGGAGAACGAGGAGGCGACGGCGGCGGCGGUGGCGGCGGCGGCGGCGGCGGCGGCGCCCGCGGCAGCGGCAACAGCGGCAACAACGGCAGCGGCAACACCGUCAUCACCGUCCUCGCCACAACCGCCGUCGAGCGCCGCGGAGACGAAGCAGCAGCAGGAGGAGAGCAGCGGAGCGGCGUCGGCGGCGGCCAGCGGAGCCAGCCCGUUGGAGGAAAAGACGGAGGAGGCCGCCGAUCCCUCCACCGCCCCGACUCCCGCCCCCUUGGAGGAAAAGAAAGAGGAGGUGGAAAAACUCGAGGCCGAGAAAAAAGCAGUCGAGGUCAGUCCAGCCGUCGGUGGUCAGUCCGUACCGGAACCGGUGGUAGAAGUCUCCGUAUUCCGAGUCCAGACAGUCGCUACGCCGUCUAUCAUUGAGAGGAAAACCAGUGAGGAUAUUCCUUCCCUGCCUCCGUCCAGCCCGCCUCCAACCCCCAUAGACUCGUCGCCGUUGCAGCAAGCUCAGCAGGCCGCGGCCACCGCGACCGCCCUGGCGGAGGCUCUCAAACUGCCUGCGGAGGCUGCUCGCUCCUCCCAACUUUUCGCCCCCCCCUCGCCCCCAGCUUCACGCAACCCGACCGCUUCUCCCCCCGACCGGCCCUCCUCGCCCGCAGUCCCAACCGUGCCCGACCUGCCCCCGCUACCGGUGGUGGUAGACGGAGACCCGCCCGCCGAUUUCGAGUCGUCGCUCGCCGUUAACGGGGCCGUCGAGGCCCACCGCCCCCUCCCCCCCACCGCGCCACCACCACGGCGCAAAGAUAACGACACAACCGCGGAACAGUCGUCCACCGCGGCUCCUCGCAAUAACGAUAAUAAUAAUCCCCCUGUUCUGGUCGGCGACGAGACCGCGUUCGCCCAACAGAUGGAAUCGUCCUCCAGGUUGGUGGAUCCCGAGGAGGACGGUGGAAGGUCGAUGGACAAUAACGCCAUAGUCUCGGAGAUAGUCUCGGAAAUAGUGGAGGAGAGCGUGUCGAGGCAGGAGUCGAUAUCGGUGUCCCGAGCCGCGAGCAGCAGGGAGGAGGAGGUACGGGAGUUGAUCGAGGAGAUGAUCGCGCCGGGCGAGAUGGCGCGGGAGGAGGAGGAGGACGCGACUGUGCUCGAUCCGCCGCCUGUGCCCGCGGUCGACGCGAUCGUGGAAUCCGAGGAAGGGCCGGUGCCCGUCUCUUCCGAGCAGCGCAACGACGAGGAGGAGGAGGAGGAAGAGAAGGAGGAGGAGGAGAAGGAGGAGGAGGAGGAGGUGCUGGUGGAGGCGAAGCCGGCUCUCGUCAUUCCGGAGGACGAGGACGUGAACGAGGUUUCGAGAGUAAUGGAAACGACAACUCGAGACAAAUUGGAAACUGAAACUACGGACGUCGCCGCGCCCGUCGUCGAGGAGAUCCUCAUCUCCGAAAUGGCGGAGCAGGAGCACGACGACGAUCGCCGCCCUCGAACCUCCGCUCGGACGAUCGCCGAGGAUUCGGCGAAGCCCGCGGACGAGGCGAGGGACGACGAGUCGUGCGUCGCCCCUCCACCCGCCGAGCCUUCUUCCUCCUCCUCCCUGCCCCUCCAAUCGUUCCCCGUCGAGGCUUUCCCCGUCGGGGAGAGCGCGCUCGUUGCCCCUCGAGAGACGCUCGAUUCCUCGGACCUCGAAACCAAUCGCUCGUCCUCCUCCCAACUCGUCCGAGCGGAGCCUAGAAUUUUGGAUUUCACUGAGGAGGAGCAACGAGAAGAAUUAUCGAUCGAGAAGGAUAUCGAGGCGAGCAUGGACGUACCGUCGAAUCGGCAGACGCACGAAGCGCAGGAACCUCGAAACCCAGUCUCGAAACUCGAGCGCGCGCCCAGCCUCGCGGACGACUUCUUCCCUCCCCCGGCCCCGCCCGAGCACCACGCGACCGAGCAACAACAGGUAGACUGUUGUUUCGAUUAUCCCUUGCCGCCGGAACACCUCUCCCCUCCCCCGCUCGAGGAGAAGCCCGAACCGAGGAACGAGCGCCCUCUGCUUCCCAACGACGGUAACAAAGACGACGACAACGACGACGACAGUGACGCGAGAAUCUCGACAGAGACCGCCACCAUCGCCGCCAUUCCCCUACCACCAGCCUCGACGCUGCCCGCAACUCCCAGCCCCACGUCCAACGCCAGUAUCACGUCCGGCCUGAUGCCGUUCACGGUAGAUUCCUCGCAAUCGCUGUUGUACGACGACCAGAGCAAUCGAGAGUUCAAGAUGGAAUCGGUGUCGAUAAGCCUCAAUUCGUACAAUGAGUCCGACAUUGAGUUAAAGGAGAGGUUAGCCGAGUCUCUGGCGGAGACCGAGAAGCAGGAAGAGAGCUUGGUCUCGUGUCAGUUGUUGAACAACGCAACGUCGUCGACCACUGUCCAGGAGACCCAUCAGAGCACCCCGGAACAGCCAGAGGCCCCGGUAGAAAAUAACGUGGGCCACGACGUGAGCACGACGGAGAGUUCAACCGAGCCUGUCAAGGUUACAUCCCCAGCCGUCCCAAGCGAAGUGAUAACCGCCUCUCCGCCAUCUGCACCGGCCAUCACCGAGGAUGUUGCCUCGGUAGCCAAGGCUAUCGAAGAAAUUGACAUAAGCGAUAAGGCUGUUGCGGCGGCAACCAUCGAGUGUAAUACGAAUGAAAUUAUCGCGGAAGCACGUUACCAAAACAACAUAAACGAAUAAAUCGAAACGCUAAUCGAAUUGUAUUUUUGGGAAGAAGAAAGUUCUUUUCUCUCGUUAAAACCAAAAAAAGUAUAUUAUAUAGAUAUGUAUAUUUGGACCAUUCCUGCAACUAAACAGAAACAUAACGUUCUUUCGUUACGAGCAAAAGAAAAAAAAGGGAAAAAAGAAAAAAAGGAAAAAAAGACAAAAAAAAAUGGGAAAAAAAAAAGAAAAGAAAAAGAAAAUGGGAACCGAUGUGACCGCGACAUAGCGAGAGCAUAUAGACUUAUAUAGUAGGCCUAUUAUUACGAUUAUUAGACGGCAGGGCGAAUGGAGAACGUUCACGAAAAAUGUGAAAACCCGGAGGGGAGGGGGUCGUGUCAUCGUCGAAAUGGGGGAGAAUGGGGUUACGAGGACGAGCCAGAUAGGGUCGAGGAAAAUGUUGAUACGGUUGAUUCUGAAAACACGUAAUGCCAUGUAAUCAUAUGGAUGCUAUAUAUAUAUAUAUAUAUCUCGAAGCAGAUGAUUUUUUAUUACUUUCUUUUUUUAUUUUUAUUAUUACACGAAUAAAAUAUUUUCAACGUUGGGCCUUGUUUAUUCGCAACAUAAUAAUAAUAUAUAUAUAUGUAUUGUAUAUAUAUAUAUAUAUAUAUGUAUGUAUAUGUACAAUAUAUAUAUAUAUAUAUACAUAUACAUAUAUAUAUAUAUAUAUGGGCCCUGUUGUGUAAAAAUCGGAAAAUUGUCACAAUUGUUAUGCAUAAGUCGUAUUAUGCGAUCAUCAUGCGGCGACGAGCAAGUGGUAUGAAUUCGAAUUUAAAAAAAGGAAAAAAAAGAAAACAUAUUAGAAAAGGGGGAAAAAAUAUAUAUAUAUAUACGAUGAAGGAGAAAAAUCUCUUCGUUUGUCGCAUAUUCCAGAAAUACAAAGAAAUACUCAUCGAGGCACGCCCUCUCGUAACUACACGCGCAUUGCUAUAUCGAGAGAGUAUAAAGAACGAGAAAAACUGUAACCGAAAGAAAGAUCAGAGACUGAGAGAGAGAGCAAAGGUGUAUACGUGAGAACGUGUGCGUUCGAAUGCAUGAGAGAGCGUGAGAGUUCGAAAGAAGUAUGAGAGAAUGAAUAAUGUGCGUGUCGAAGAAAGAAAGAAAGAAAGAAAGAAAGAAAGAAACAAAGGAGGAAAUAGGAAGGAAAUAUAAUUGGAAUAUGUCUCUUUGUCGGAACUGGGAAAGGAGGGAGGAAGAGAUAGGAUCGGGAAAAAGGGCAGGACGAGAGAAGUAAAGGGAAAAAAAGGGGGGAGGGAGGGGAGAAAAAAACUUAUUAAAAGAUAUAUCAAAGCGCACGAGUGAUGGAUAAACUCGUAUCGUGAUUUCAAGGACGCUCGAUUAUUUUGCUCGUAUUUCUUUCGCGGUCCUUGUUUUUUCUUUGUAAUUGUACAAUCGACAGGUUUUAUGUUGUAACGAGGAACUGCACACUUCUACGUAUGACUUUGGUACGCGCGAGCACACGACACAGCUACAUACAUGCAAGGACAUUAUACGCAAAUGCGUACAAUACGUAUCAUGCAACACACGAGAUAAGGAAAAACAUACAGUAUGUCGAGGCAGUGUAAGUGAUAUAUAUAAUCUAGAUAUAGAGAAAGCGUUUGUGUAAAUUCAGCGUUUGUCCUUCGAAAUGCUACUUCUCCAUAUGAGAAUACUUACGAGGAAGCCUAUUCGUAAUUUUAUAAUAAUAAUCAUUAAAAUAUCGCCUAAUUACAAUUACGAAACAUGCACAAUUACCAUUCAAAAUGGAUUCGUAUCUCUACGGAUCUCUCCAGGAGUAAAUAAUUACCUACGAAAGCUUCUUUUUUUAUUGAGACCGUAGCGUAGACCGUAAAGAUAAACGAAAAGCGUAUAUAUGUAAAUGCUCCAAAAUCUCUGAAUACAUGUAAGUGUUGAAUGGAGCGAGCGUUCAUUGUGCCCGCGACCGGCAUUGAUUUUUAAACGAUAUAUUAUUAAUGAGUAAGGGGAAGAAGUAAAAUUAAAAGUUGUAUAGUAAACCUUUCAUUAAAUAUAUUGUCCGUAAUCUUUACAACGAAAUUCACACGUUUUUUCAAGGCAAGUUUUGGCGACGAGAGCGAACUUUUUAUUUAAGAAAAAGGGGGAAAAAAAAAAA